GAGAGUCAUAUUGGCAUUUCAAUGAGUGUCAUUUACAUUAAUGCCAACACGCAGGUGCGGGGUGUGGCUUUGGGGGCGAGUGAGUGGCAACUGUGGCCGCUUUAUGGGAAAGCAAUCCACGUUGUGGUGUCCUGGCCCUCGUUCCCCUUCGCCCCACCGCCACACCGCACCGCCGCCCCACCACCCCAUGCCUGUCCCCGUUGUUUCUCAGCAUCGUUAUUCGCGCCAUUAUUCCCCGCAAGUUAUCUCUCGCACGGCGCGACUUAAAAGUUAAGCGUAUUCAUUAUGUCCUUUGUGCCAGGCGACAAAACCUUCCAGCGCCAGAGCCAGCAUCCUUGCUGCCAUCCUUCCUGCCGCCCGUCGCCCGUUGUAGUUGCCUGCCUUUGUUUUAUUUACUUUUCCAAUUGUUUUGUCGUCGCACGGAAACAAUAAAAAUUCAUUUCACUGUAGCUCUCUUUAUCCCUUAUCCUUUAUCCCUUAUCCUUUAACUUGUGUUGCCACGAAGGCCCUGCACUUAAUGCUGAUUAAAAGCCUGCCGAUUGCUGCUCGAACUAAAGCAGCAGUAGAUCAGCCGGCUCCACCGAGAUGACUUGGCCAAGUCCUUGCCUCCCCGGCUCCCGGCUUUGUCUAUGACAAAUGUGGAAUCAGGGCUUCCGUAGAAGAUUCUUCGCUGAGGAUGGAGCCAUAUUCAUCGUCUCUUUCCAGCAAACACGGAUCAUAGCCGCAUUCAAAGACAGUGCAGGCUCUGUGCUGGGGGUCAGAGAUCCAUUCAAAUGGCAAAAACAAACUUGACUUGACUUGAGACAAGUUUGACCCACGACCAGGCCACGUCCCCAUGUCCCCACGUCCCCACGUCCCUGUUUUCCUGCAAGGCAGCAGGCAGGAUAUUCCUACUGGAUGUAGUUCUGCUUGUCUUUUGAUAUGAUAUGCCAAAUGUCGUUUAUCUUGGAAUGGGAAUGGUAUGGCAUGGAAUGCCUCUGUGUGUCGUGUCGUGUUUGUUUUAAUCGGAGUCAACACUCAAUGAGUAUGAAAUGGAAAUGGAAAUGAUUUCAGACUGGCUCUGGGCUAAUUACUGGCCUCUCUCUGUCUCUGUCUCUCUCUCUCUCUGUUUGCCUGCAAAUUAUUUGUCAUUGCUGGUAAUUAGGCUCUGUCUGUAGCCUGCAAUUGAAUAUUCGUUACACUGCCGCUGUUUCUGUUUCUGCCUCUGUUUCUGCCUCUUAAUUGGGGCUGUCGACGGGCCACUCGCAGGUGUAGCAAUGCUCCAGCGUGGAGCUGCUUCGAUUAAUGGAUUAGGUGAAGAUUGCUCAUACUCCCGACCCAUUACAGAUUGACAGGGCCAAAGCCAUUGUUCUCCCCCUGACCCAUUUUCCCUUCAGCAACACCCAAUCCUCCCUAUUGUCCCUGGCUCUGUCUCUGGCUCUGGCUCUGUCUCGUGUAUCCUAUUACCCUUCAGUAACAGUGAAAUCGCAUUUAGAGCUUCGAAGCUGCUUGAUGCUGCUUGUUUGUCCUAGUCAUUAGCUGAGCUGAUGGCUGCUGGGUGAUGGCUGAUGCCACGACCCCCUUUCUGCCCCCCGCCGCCGGGUUCCCGCCCAGCGCUGUGCAUGUGCAUCCGAAUGGUGGUGCUCCAUCCGAUCCAUUGAUGGCACUUUGUCCUUCCACCCAUUUGACAGGAUUCUCGAUUAUCCCUUGACGCUCUGGUGCUUCCUUUUUUUCAAUUUACUUAAAUCGCUCGCCUGCUCGAAGAGGAUAAAUCACUGGCCAUAUUUCAUAGGCAGAAAGGACUGCAAAAAUUCCCCAUAAAGCCCCGAAGUCGUAUGCGAAUGCGAAUUGAAUCGCAUUAACAACUUUACAACACUAUAAAAAUAAAUUCAAUGGGAUUUGCGCUUGACUGCCGCCCCACCCGCGCCCCACUCCAGCCAAAGUGGAGCAACUUAUCACGGCUCAGGCUCAGGGCCGGGAAACACAGUCAGAGUCGAAGUCAAAAGCGGCGGCUAAAACCCUGUAGAGCCCGGAACUUCAUAGAGUGGCAUCACAUUUCCGGCAGGGGAGCAUCAGCCAUUGUUUUCCUGGUGAAGCGUUGCCAUAUGUUCGCCCUCCCUGUCUCUCGCUCUGAGCGAUAUGUGCGAGCCGCAGCACACAAAAACUUAGUUGCAAAACAGUGCAGCAGCAGAGGCAGCAGCAGCAGCAGCAUGAUGACAAUGCCACAAAAGAAAAUCCGAGAAAAGCAAGAAAAGCAAAUGCUUGUCAACAGUCCGUCCCUCUUGCCUCUUGCCUCCUGCCUCCCGCCUCUAGCCCCACCCGACUCCCGACAUUUGUCAUGAGAUAUCCACUAAGUGUUCUUCCCCCCAUUCCCACUCCCAUUCCGACUCUCCCGCUGCAUUUGAAUUAACUUGACGGCAAAAGUUAAACUGCAACGCACUUAGAUCCAUAGCUCCUCCACCUAUCAUCCCACCCCACACAGAGAGCGGAAUGAAUGCGACGAGGAUAUAGGAUAGGAUGUACAUACAUAUAUAUAUGUAUGUAUGGGUAUAUGUAUCUGAGCAUUUGAACGAGUAGCUGCUUUGGCUGCUCUUUAUUCCUUUAUUCAUGGCCUCAUUUCAUUUACGCUUUUCGUUUGUCAUCUCCUGAUCCCCCGGCUCCUGCUCCUGCUCUUGGCAGCCCUGUGGCUUGUCCUUUGCUGGCAUCUGGAUUGUGCGUCAAAUGCGAGUGGGUGGGUGGGUGGUUGGCAGUACCCUCUGGCAUCGAUGUGCUGCGUAUGCACGCAUCCCACAGAUUCUUAAAGCCGGCGCAGAGUCCACACUCUACCGUUUCUCGGGCGCAAACUUUCCGUGUGGAAACUUGAGCGCUUCCGAGCUCAACUUUUGCACUAAUUCAACAAAUUCUUCCCACAUUAAUUAAGCAAUUUGGGAAGGAAGAAAGGCAGGAAGGCAGGCAACUCGAGCGAAUCGGGAGAGCUCCGAGCAUUAAUUUUGUGUCAGGCGAAAGAGGGAGAACUUUGCUUAGUGCCAGCUCCCGCUCCCGCUCCAGCCACAAUUAAGGGGCACUAUCGAGUGGCAGCAGAACAUAAAUCCCUCUCCACGCGAUACGCGCUAAUGGAGCGCAAGCAGAUCGCUGGCGGGAGAGUCUCUGAUUUGCAUUUAAAUUCGAGUCGUCCCUGGUCCUUGUCACGGAAUUUACAAUGCUCUUAAUUUAUUUCUAUCCGACAGUCUCCGCUUUCGCCUCCUCGCCCCGCAGUCUCCACUGCUCUUCCGGUUGCAGUUUGCGUGGCUUGCCGCUGGCACACUUUUAAUUUGUACGCCAUGUUGCAAGUCAGUGCUGUGUCCCCCGCCGUGCUCUGUGGCCUCCCUCCGUGUCCCCGUGCAUUGUUCGUACUCGUUGCUCCUUUUUCUGCAGCUUUCCGUAUGCAUUCCUUUGGACAAUGUUAUCGUUUAAGCUCAAUUGCAUUGCACUCGGCAAUCCCCCCCUCGCCACCCCUCGCCACUCGCCCCUGCUCUCCUUGUUGCUUCUGUUUGCCUUCAGCUAGAGCCCAGCAACAAAGGAAGCUUUUCUUCCUGCGAUUCCUUUGGCAUGUCGUUAUCCUCCUUUUGUAUGCAUGUUUUUCUAUGUUUCCGUUGUUGUGUCCCCCUCCAGCCGCCGCCAGGACGCAUUGUUGCACCGCCAGUUUCCUUUUGUUGGCCCCGAUUGCAGUUGCCUGCACAACAAGGAGCUUUUCAGACGGGUCUUCCUUCUGCACGCUGUCUCGGAUAUUUAAUUGAUGCCCCGCAGGGUAUGCCGCAGGGGCUGGUGGCUGAUACUAUUCUUUUAAUGCAGUUAAAUGCUCAACACACAUCUCUGUCCCCCCUCUGCUUGUUUCCCCCUGGUUUUCAUUUAGUUUUCCCUGUUUUCCUUAUUGUGUCUAGACCGGAGACAGGCGCAUUUCCGGCACGCAACUCCGGGUCGUGUCUCGGGUCCCAGACAAUGAAUUUUAUUGCAUUUCAUGUCCCUGGAAUCGACUAAUGCUUGCCAGGCACGCAGGUCCUUGCUUAUCCUUGCCGCCAAUUUAUGGAAGUAUUCAGACAGCAGACACCAGACAGCCCCGAACAGGCAGUGAGUCAGUCCCGCGCGGCAUGCCACGGAUAUCUGCCACUUCGUUAAAACAAAACAAGCCAUAAUAUUAAUUUUCCCCCAAAAGAGAAGUCACUCGGCCCCAGUCUCAGCCCCAGUCUCCGCUCCAGUCUCCGCUUUUGAGUCUCAUUAUGUUCGAAAUUCAAUUAUAGUCCUGCCCGAGAGUCCUUAGGCUUCGUAGCUGCGGAGCGGGGACUACCAUUUCCCCCGUAAUGUUGAUCAAUUUUCAUGAGCAGGAAACAAGCAAGUUUUCCUCUGCUUUUGCUCAUCAAUAAUCAUGGAAUGAAAAUGCCUUCAGCUCUUUUUUACGUGGGGCUUCUCAUUAGCGACGCAGAGCUGCCACGCCCACGCCCACACAGCGACUUGCCGGAGGCGGGGGCGGGGGCUGUGAUAAAUUUCCAUCAGGCUUACAGUUGACACGUUUUGUGUUCUUCUUCCUGCCUUCUCCGCUUGCAUUUCGCACUCUUUGCGAAAGGACAAAAAGUCAAAAUGAAUGUGGCGGAAUGUGGGAACUUUUGGGGCUGGAUAAUAUUUCAGGAACACCUCCGCAGGACGCUGAUACUUAAAAAUUUUCCAUCUGCUUCUGCCUCUGUCUUGGGGGCGGAUUGCUGUCUUGUAAAACGCGAGUGUUUAUGGGCAACCCUUCCAAGGAGAAGGACCCUUCUACCCUUCUAAACUGCAGCAGCAGUCGGCCAAUAUUAAUUAGUCAGCAGAAGCGAACACCCCCCCUAAACGCGCCUCCGGUCGGGCCUGCUUCCCUCUUUGUUUUCCAAGUGUUGCCUGCAACGUGUGAGAAUUUAAUAAUUUCAUGUCUGCUGGCAGCAGCCGCCUGUUCCGCCGACCGUUUCAGGCUUGACGGACCAUGAAAAGCGUCUGCCUGCCGCCACGGGCAGGCCCCAGGUGAGAAUGGGGUGCCUGUCGGUGUGCAAUAUGCCGCAUGGCGGAACAAUAACCGCCCGGCAGCCCCGCAGCCACCCCGCACCCCGGGCCUGCCACCGAGUCUGGCACACGUCCACCGCGAGCGCGGCCAAGCUGAAAUUUUAAUUAAACAUUUUAACACUGCAAUCAACAGAAAGUUAAGCGACUGCCACGACAUGUAAUUGCAGUCUCCAGACUUUCUCCCCGAAAAACACUCCCUUCGUCUCUCUCUCUCUCUCUCUUUCUCUGUCGCUCUUGGAGCCUGUGAUCUGGGAUGUGAUCUUGGGGCCAUAGGUACUCAGCUGUCGGUUCCAGCAGCCAGAAGCCAUGCUAAUUUCAUAGGCGCGCCAUCCUGCACUGCACUGCGUAUGCGCAAUAUCCCUGUCCCCCUGGAAGGGGAAUUGCUGGAACGUGUCUUUCAUGGGGCGAACGUCCGAAUUAUCUGCAUCCAAAUGAAGCACAACGAACAAACAGUUUAGUUGCAGCUGGAAUGGAGUUCGAGCACAGCCCCCCAAGGCCCCUGACCCCGAACCGACCCACCUGUUUAGGCCGCCCUAUCGCCCAGGGCCAGGUCUGUAUGUGGCCCGUGGCUGGCUUUGGCUAAUUAACGAACCCGAAACGCAUUCGCAAAGGCCAUUAGAGGGACAUCAAAUCGAAUUUCAUUAAAUUAUCAGCUCCUGCAACGGGCGACGGGUGACGGUCACCCGAGCCCUGGUCAGUGUCACAUUGUUGCAUUUUGUUGGCUGCCGCUGUCCUGUCCGGGCCCCUGCCCUGCACCCCUGUCUGAUUAAGCCGUAUUUUUAAUUUUGGGCAAACUGUGAAAAGUGGAGAAAGGAGAAAAUGAGUCAAAGAGCCCUCCUCCCGAGAGAUUAAAUUUCGUUUUAUCUAGCUAAUACGAAAAACCCUCGAAAAGUCUGGGUUUGCUGCGGAGAAGAAAGGGAAAAUGGGGGUGAUACACCCCCCGCGCUGUGGCGGUGUGGCUGUGGAAAACUCUGUGCAGGCCGGCGACAUGAAGAGUUUUUAAUUAAGUCAAAAGCAAAAGCAUUAAAAACGUCAAAACAUGAGCAGAGGCAGCCUGCAUGCUCGUGGCUUAUGGCUCGUGGCCCUUCACAAGAAGAGGAUAUCAUUAGGCUCUCAAAAUGCUUGCGACUCCCAAUCACUCCGUGUUCCUUUACAGACAGAUGGCCACGCCCGCUGCCCGCCCACCGAUGAUAAUUGAAUAGGAGCUCUGAUUGCACUGUGGCUCGUUGGCUCUCGCAGCACACCCACACCACCCGCAGGAGGGAGCCUCCUUCAGACACAGAGGCAGACACAUCGACCAACGACCAUCGACACCGACAGCCACUGCGAGUGUCGUGGUCGUGGCAAUGCAGACGAGGGACUGGCGGAGUAGCUGGUGGAGGGUGGGGCUGGGGCUGCUGGCGCUGCUCCAGCUGGCCCGCCACCAUCUGUCCGAGGGGUAUCUGAUCGUGGUGCACGAGGACGCGGCGCCGGGGACGGUCAUCUUCAACGCCUCCGUGUACAAUCUGGGCUCGGAGCGGCACUACAAGAUCAAUGCGCACAAGUCGGCCAACUUUGUGCACCACCUGGUCACGGUCAGCCACAAGGACGGGCAGAUCCAGCUGCGGAAGGCGCUCAAGUGCGACGGCAUCUACUACCCGAGCCUGUUUACCUUCUACGUGGACUCGACGUUGAACCGGCUGCGCAGCAUCGACUACUACAGCCUGCCGGUGAGGAUAUUCGUCUCGGGGCACAGCUGCAACGAUGACAGGCGCGUCGAGCAGGAGCUGCACCACCACCAGCACCACUACGAGGAGGAGGACAACACGGGCUACUCCAAGCGGCGGCGCAGGCGGUCCGCGCCGCUGGAGGUCCAGCUGCUGGACGGCAACCAGCUGGAGCAGGCCUACAGCCAGAACAGCACCGAGUUCCGGGCCGGAGACCUGAUCUUUGGCGACAGCUUCGAGAACGAGAUGCGGCACCGCAUCCUCAGCCGCAAGCGGCGCGCACUGCCCUCGUCCGACCCGCUGCACCUGCAGCCGGCCCUCCAUCGGCGCAUCUCCGACGCCAAGCAGUGGAUCUCGGAGACGUACGCCUCCUACGCCAUCCACACGACGGACAAGUGGAACCAGAUCUGCCUGCGCAAGUCGCAGCUCAUUAACAGCCUGAACGCUUUCCUGCCCUGGACCGUGUGCCAGUUCUGCAAGGUGAACUUCCUCGACGUGAACGACGAGCGGUUCGCCAUCGAGCACCGGAACCGGGACCUGGUGGCCAGCCGCGACGUCUGCAUCCACGAGUCCAUGUGGAAGGUCAGCAUCACGCUCAACAUCCGGUGCAGCCGCAACGACAUCGUCGACUCUGACCACCGCCUGAAGAUCGUCUACCACCACCAGGAGUUCAACGACACCGACAUCGCCAGGCGCGUGCGCCGUGAGCUGCGCAACCAGUCGCCCUACUUCGAGCAGGCCCUCUACGUGGCCGCGGUGCUGGAGGAGCAGGCGUCCGGGGCGGCGGUCACCACCGUCCGGGCCCGCGACCCCGAGGACUCCCAGGUGGUCUUCUCCAUGGUCUCGCUGCUGGACUCGCGCUCGCAGUCGCUCUUCAAGGUGGACUCGCGCACCGGCUUGGUCACGACGUCGGCCAGCCUCGAUCGCGAGCUCAUGGACGUCCACUACUUCCGCGUGGUGGCCACCGACGACAGCUUCCCGCCCCGCUCCGGCACCACCACGCUCCAGGUGAAUGUCCUCGACUGCAACGACCACAGUCCCACCUUCGAGGCGGAACAGUUCGAGGCGAGCAUCAGGGAAGGCGCCAGCGUGGGCUCCACAGUCAUCACCCUGCGAGCCACCGACCAGGACAUUGGCAAGAAUGCGGAGAUAGAGUACGGAAUCGAAACAGUUACAGAUGGCACCGGAUCGACGCAGGAUCAGGAGCUGCCCAUUUUCCGGAUAGACUCCCGCUCGGGUGUCAUCUCCACGCGCAGUAGUCUGGACAGAGAGACGUCGGACAGCUACCACCUGCUGGUGACCGCCUCGGACAUGGCAGCAGCCCAGAGCGAACGCAAGACCGCCACGGCCAGUGUGCUUGUGAAGGUCCUGGACGACAACGACAACUAUCCGCAGUUCAGCGAGCGCACGUACACCGUCCAGGUGCCGGAAGACCAGUGGGGCGGCAGCGAGGACAAUACCGUGGCCCACAUACGGGCCACAGACGCGGACCAGGGCAACAAUGCGGCCAUCCGGUACGCGAUCAUAGGCGGCAACACGCAGUCGCAGUUCUCCAUCGACUUCAUGUCGGGCGACGUAAGUCUGGUGAAGCCCCUGGACUACGAGAGUGUGCGCAGCUAUCGCCUGGUGAUACGCGCCCAGGACGGGGGAAGUCCCUCGAGGAGCAACACCACCCAGCUGCUGGUCAACGUGAUAGACGCCAACGACAAUGCGCCGCGCUUCUACACGUCCCAGUUCCAGGAGAGCGUGCUGGAGAACGUCCCCGUCGGCUACAACAUCAUUCGGGUACAGGCCUACGACUCGGACGAGGGCCCCAACGCGGAGAUCACGUACAGCAUCUCCGAGCGCGACGACAACUUUCCGCUGGCCGUCGAUCCUCGAACCGGCUGGGUGCAGACCAUCAAGCAGCUGGACAGGGAGGAGCAGAGCCGCUUCGCCUUCCAGGUGGUGGCCAAGGACGGCGGAGUGCCGCCCAAGUCCGCCAGCUCCGCGGUGGUGAUCACCGUCCAGGAUGUGAACGACAACGACCCCACCUUCAACCCCAAGUACUACGAGGCGAAUGUGGGGGAGGAUCAGCCGCAGGGCACGCCCGUCACUACUGUCACGGCCACAGACCCGGACGAGGACUCGCGGCUGCACUACGAGAUCACGACGGGCAACACGCGCGGACGCUUCGCGAUCACCUCGCAGAACGGCAGGGGUCUCAUCACGAUCGCCCAGUCCCUGGACUUCAAGCAGGAGAAGCGCUUCCUGCUCACGGUCACGGCCACCGACUCCGGCGGACGUUCCGACACGGCCACGGUGCACAUCAACAUAACGGACGCGAACAACUUUGCCCCCAUCUUCGAGAACGCGCCCUACAGCGCCUCCGUGUUCGAGGAUGCGCCCGUGGGCACCACCGUGCUGGUGGUCUCUGCCACCGACAGCGACGUGGGGAUCAACGCGCAGAUCACGUAUUCGCUAAACGAGGAGAGCAUCAACGGACUGGGCAGCCCGGACCCCUUCUCCAUUAAUCCGCAGACGGGGGCGAUCGUCACGAACGCCCCCCUUGACAGGGAGACGACCAGCGGGUACCUGCUGACAGUCACCUCCAAGGACGGCGGCAGUCCCUCGCUGAGCGACACCACCGACGUGGAGAUCAGUGUCACGGACGUCAACGACAACGCGCCCGUGUUCAAGAACCCGCUCUACCAGUCCUCCAUUCUGGAGGACGCGCUGGUCGGCACCUCGGUCAUCCAGGUGUCCGCCUGCGAUCCGGACAUCGGCCUCAAUGGGCGCAUCAAGUAUCUGCUGAGCGACCGCGACGUGGAGGACGGCUCCUUUCUGAUUGACCCCACGUCGGGAACAGUCCGCACCAACAAGGGCCUGGACAGGGAGAGCGUGGCCGUCUACCACCUGACAGCCAUUGCCGUGGACAAGGGCUCGCCGCCGCUGUCCAGCUCGGUGGAGGUGCAGAUUCGGCUGGAGGACGUCAACGACUCGCCGCCCACCUUUGCCUCGGACAAGAUCACGCUCUACGUGCCGGAGAACUCGCCCGUGGGCUCUGUGGUCGGCGAGAUACACGCGCACGAUCCGGACGAGGGCGUCAACGCCGUGGUCCACUACUCGAUCAUCGGCUGCGACGACUCCAACUCCUUCUCGCUGGUCACGCGACCGGGCUCCGAGCGCGCCCAGCUGCUGACAAUGACGGAGCUGGACUACGAGUCGUCCCGGAAGCGGUUCGAGCUGGUGGUGAGGGCGGCCAGUCCGCCGCUUCGCAACGAUGCCCACAUCGAGAUCCUGGUCACGGACGUGAACGACAACGCGCCGGUGCUGCGCGACUUCCAGGUGAUCUUCAACAAUUUCCGCGACCACUUCCCCAGCGGCCAGAUCGGACGCAUUCCGGCCUUCGAUGCGGACGUCAGCGACAAGCUGAACUACCGCAUCCUCUCCGGCAACAAUGCCAACCUGCUGCGGCUAAACAGCAGCUCCGGCGGACUGAUACUCAGUCCGCAGCUCAACACGAACGUGCCCAAGUUCGCUACGAUGGAGGUGUCCGUCUCGGACGGCAUCAACGAGGCCAAGGCCAUCAUGCAGCUGUCGGUGCACCUCAUCACGGAGGACAUGCUGUUCAACUCGGUGACGGUGCGCCUGAAUGAGAUGACGGAGGAGGCCUUCCUGUCGCCGCUGCUCAACUUCUUCCUCGACGGCCUGGCGGCCAUUAUCCCCUGCCCCAAGGAGAACAUCUUCAUCUUCAGCAUACAGGACGACACGGACGUCAUGUCGCACAUCCUGAACGUCAGCUUCUCGGCGAAGCGGCCCGACGUCUCGCACGAGGAGUUCUACACGCCGCAGUACCUCCAGGAGAGGGUCUACCUCAACCGGGCCAUUCUCGCGCGCCUGGCCACCGUGGAGGUGCUGCCGUUCGACGACAACCUGUGCGUGCGGGAACCUUGCCUGAACUUCGAGGAGUGCCUCACGGUGUUGAAGUUCGGCAACGCCUCGGAGUUCAUCCACAGCGACACGGUGCUGUUCCGGCCCAUCUAUCCGGUGCACACGUUCGCCUGCUCCUGCCCGGAGGGCUUCACCGGCAGCAAGGAGCACUACCUGUGCGACACCGAGGUGGACCUGUGCUACUCGAACCCCUGCCAGAACGGGGGCUCCUGUGUGCGGCGCGAGGGCGGCUACACCUGCGUCUGUCCGGUCUCGCACACUGGCCUUAACUGCGAGACGACCGUCAGCAAGCUGCGGCCCUGCAUGUCGGACGCCUGCGAGGGCGGCCUCUCCUGCAUGAACAACUACCUGAGCUCCCAGCCGCCGCCCUACACGGCCACCUGCGAGCUGCGCUCCCGCUCCUUUUCCCGCAACUCCUUCCUGACCUUCGAGAGCCUCAAGCAGCGGCACCGCUUCAACCUCAAGCUGCGCUUCGCCACCGUCCAGGACAACGGCCUGCUGCUCUACAACGGCCGCUACAACGAGCUGCACGACUUCAUAGCCCUGGAGAUCCUCGAGGGGCACAUCAGCUUCUCCUACUCACUGGGCGACCACAGCCAGCGGCUGUCCGUCGAGCAGCAGUCCAAGGUCUCCGACGGCCAGUGGCACGAGGUGGAGGUGGCGUACCUCAACCGCAGCGUCACCCUGGUCCUGGACAAGUGCGACACGGCCAUCGCCCUGUCGGGAGAGCAGCUGGGGCACCGCUGGCACUGCGCCGACCAGACCACGCUGAAGCUGGACAAGCGAUGCGCUCUGCUGACCGAGACCUGCCAUCGAUUCCUCGACCUCACGGGACCCCUGCAGGUGGGCGGACUGCCGCGCAUACCCGCCCACUUCCCAGUGGCCAAUCGCGACUUCGUCGGCUGCAUCUCGGACCUGAGGAUUGACGACCGCUACGUGGACCUCAACUCGUACGUGGCCGACAACGGUACGAUCUCCGGGUGUUCGCAGAAGUCGGCGCUGUGCGCCUCGGAACCGUGCUUCAACGGCGGCACCUGUCGCGAGGGCUGGAGCACCCACACCUGCGAGUGCCCCGUGGGCUAUGCGGGCAUCAACUGCCAGGAGAACAUUCCCGCCCCCUGGCGCUUCUCCGGCGACGGCAGCCUCAGCUUCAACCCCCUGCUGCGGCCCAUCCAGCUGCCGUGGCACACCUCCUUCUCGCUGCGCACGCGCCAGCGAGACGCCUUCAUCAUGCAGAUCCAGAUCGGGCAGAACAGCUCGGCGGUGGUCUCCCUCAAGCACGGCAUCCUCUACUACACGUACGACAACGAGCCGAUGUACCUGGCCGGGGCCUUCCUCUCCGACGGCGCGUGGCAUCGCGUGGAGAUCAAGUGGCAGCAGGGCUCCGAGGUCCAGUUCUCCGUGGACUACGGCCAGCGCUCGGGCUCAGUGCCCAUGUCCCAGAAGGUGCAGGGCCUCUAUGUGGGCAAAAUAGUCAUCGGCAGCGUGGACGACACCAUUGGGGCCGUACUGGAGGCGUCUCCCUUCGAGGGCUGCAUACAGGACGUGCGCAUCGGAGCCGGACAGUCCGUGCUGUCGCGGCCCACCAUCCGGGAGAACGUGGAGGACGGCUGCGAGUCGCGGGCCCAGUGUCCGGACAACUGUCCGGCCCACUCCGACUGCGCCAGCAGCUGGGACGCGGCCACCUGCGAGUGCGAGGCAGGCUACGUGGGCGCGGAGUGCGCUCCCAUCUGCACGGUCAACCCGUGCACCGCGGGCGUGUGUCGGGGCAACGUCAGUCUGGCGCGGGGCUACCGCUGUGAGUGCAACAGCAGCUUCCAGCACGGCGACUACUGCGAGAGGGAGCUGCAGCAGCCCUGCCCCGGGGGGUGGUGGGGCGACCGCGUGUGCGGGCCCUGCAAGUGCAACCUGAAGCAGGGCUACCAUCCGGACUGCAACAAGACGACGGGCCACUGCUACUGCAAGACGAACCACUACCAGCCGCCCAACGAGACGGCCUGCCUCUCCUGCGACUGCUACUCCAUCGGGAGCUUCAACAGCGCCUGCAACCGCCUCACGGGGCAGUGCGAGUGCCGCGAGGGCGUCAUCGGACGCCGCUGCGACUCCUGCUCCAACCCCUACGCAGAGGUCACGCUCAACGGCUGCGAGGUGGUAUACGACGCCUGUCCGCGGUCCUUUGCGGCGGGCAUCUGGUGGCCCCGCACACCCCUGGGCAGCGUCACCGUCCAGAACUGUCCGCUGCCGGCGCGCGGCAAGGGCCAGCGCAGCUGCGACAGCCAGACGGGCAGCUGGACCACUCCGGACAUGUACAACUGCACCUCGGAGCCGUUCGUGGAGCUGAGGCGGCAGCUGUCGCAGCUGGAGCGCCUGGAGCUGGAGCUCAACUCGUUCGUGGCCAUCAAAAUGGCGGAGCAACUGCAGCGGGCCUGCGAGGCCGUCGACCGCAGUGGCGUGGCCAAGCAGCCGGCGCCCAGGCCCAGCGGCAGGCGCUACAAGAUGGAGUCCUCGUUCCUGCUCAACGCCGGCGGCAACGUGUGGUCGCACGAGUUGGAGAUGGACUACCUGUCGGACGAGCUGAAGUUCAGCCACGACCGGCUGUACGGCGCCGAUCUGCUGGUGACGGAGGGCAUCCUCCAGGAGCUGAUCAACUACGAGCUGAUGCAGAGCGGCCUGAACCUGUCGCACAGCCAGGACAAGUACUUCAUCAAGAACCUGGUGGAGGCGGCGAGCGUGAUACUGGAACGCAAGUACGAGGCGGAGUGGCGACGGGCCCCGGAGCUCAUCCAGCGCGGCCCCGACGACCUGGUGGAUGCCUUCAACAAGUACCUGGUGGUGCUGGCGCGCUCCCAGCACGACACCUACACCAAUCCCUUCGAGAUCGUGCAGCCAAACGUGGCCCUGGGCCUGGACAUCGUCACCACCGAGUCCCUGUUCGGCUACGAGCCGGAGCAGCUCAGCGAGUACCAACGGAGCAAGUACCUCAAGCCGAACGCCUUCACCACCGAGAGCGUGGUACUGCCCGACACCAGCGGCUUCCUGCAGCACUCCGCCAAGCAGAAGCCCGUGAUCAGCUUCCCCAAGUACAACAACUACAUUCUGGACAGGCACAAGUUCGAUAAGCACACCAAGGUGCUCGUCCCGCUCGAGAUGCUCGGCAUCACGCCGCCCGAGAGCGACGAGGUCACCCAGGGCAGUCGCCGGGGCAACGACUACCGGGCCAUCGUCGCCUACGCCCAGUACAAGGACGUGGGCCAGCUGCUGCCGGACCUCUACGACGAGACCAUCACGCGCCGCUGGGGCGUCGACGUGGAGCUGGCGACGCCCAUACUCUCACUGCAGAUCCUGGUGCCAUCGAUGGAGCGGGAGCAGGAGCAGCAGCAGCAGCAGCGCUUCGAGAUUCCGUCGCGAAAGAUCUCCUCUUCGUCGUCAUCGUCCAGCACCUCCUCGUCCUCUGGCAGCACGGAGCAGCAGUUCGUGGAGGUCUUCGACGUGCCCAAGGCCCCGAGCAGCAGCAGCGAACAGCAGAUCGAGGACAUCCGGAUCACGGCACACGAUAUUCCGCCGCCAGCCUCCUCCGGGGAGCAGCUGGAGGCCAGCAGCAACGAGGACGGCACGGAGGUGCAGGAGCCCCACAUCCACCUCAACCUGGACGACAUCGAGUUCCAUGGCAACUCGGGCGAGGAGCUCCUGCCCCCCGACUCCACCGAACUGCUGAACCCCAACUACGAGGGGACGGGCGCAGCCUCCGGCAGCGAGGAGCAGCCGAAGGGCGAGAACGAGGCCAUCUACCGGGACCGACGACUGGUCAAGCGGAAGGUGGAGGUCAUCUAUCCCUCAGACCAGCUCCAGCAGGCGCCGGAGCGCAUGGUCUACCGCUCGCUGGGCUCGCCGCACCUCCUGCAGCCCAUCAAGCUGCAGAUGUGGCUGGACAUGGACACGGCGCGCUUCGGCCCGCGCUCCAACCCGCAGUGCGUGCGCUGGAACUCCUUCACCAACCAGUGGACCCGUCUGGGCUGCCAGACGGAGGCGCCCGACGGCGACUUCGCGCCCUCGCCGCAGCAGCCCAUCCUGAUCAACUGCAGCUGCACGCAAAUCUCCAACUACGCGGUGGUUGUGGACAUCAUUGAUCCCGAGGACAUACCGGAGCCCUCGCUCCUGGUGCAGAUCACCUCGUACUCGGCCUUCAUGGUCUCCCUGCCGCUGCUGCUGGGCGUGCUCCUGGCCCUGGGCCUGCUCCGCGGCCAGCAGACCAACUCGAACACCAUCCACCAGAACAUCGUGCUGUGCGUCUUCUUCGCGGAGCUGCUCUUCUUCGUGGGCAUGCAGUCGCGGCGGCACCUGAUCGACAACGAGUUCCCCUGCAAGCUGAUCGCCAUCUGCCUGCACUACUUCUGGCUGGCGGCGUUCGCCUGGACCACCGUCGACUGCGUGCAUCUCUACCGCAUGCUCACCGAGAUGCGGGACAUCAACCACGGCCCCAUGGGCUUCUACUUUGCCAUGGGCUACGGCGCUCCCGCCGUCGUUGUGGGCCUCUCCGUGGGCGUCCGGGCCCACGAGUACGGAAACAGUUUGUUCUGCUGGCUGUCCGUGUACGAGCCCGUGGUGUGGUGGCUCGUGGGACCCAUUGCCGGCAUGUCCGUGGUGAACCUCCUGAUCCUGUUCGUCUCCGUGAAGGCCGCAUUCACGCUGAAGGACCACGUGCUGGGCUUCGGCAACCUGCGUACGCUGCUCUGGCUGUCGGUGGUCUCGCUGCCCCUGAUGGGGGCCAUGUGGGUGCUCGCCGUGCUGGCCGCCUCGGAGCACUCGCAGCUGCUGAGCCUGCUGCUCUCCGGCGUGGUGCUGCUGCACGCGCUCUUCUGCCUCAUUGGAUACUGCAUCAUCAACAAGCGGGUGCGCGAGAACCUCCAGCGCACAUGCCUGCGCUGCAUGGGCCGCAAGGUGCCGCUGCUCGACUCCUCGAUGGUGGUCAGCAACAGCUCCCACAACGUGAACGGGGCCACGCGGCCGAACAACUUCCUGGCGGGCACCUACGACACGACCACGAGGCGGAACAUCGGCAUCAGUGCCAGCAGCACCACCUCCCGCAGCACGGCCAAGACCAGCUCGAGUCCCUACAGCGACGGCCAGCUGCGGCAGACCUCCACGUCCACCUCCAACUACAAUUCGGCCAGCGACGCGCCCAGCUUCCUGCGCGGCUUCGAGUCCUCCACCACCGGAAGGAGUCGCGGCGAGGAGAAGCCCCCGAGGCGGCGAACCGAACGGAAGGACUCCGACUCUGGCUCUGAGACCGACGGCCACUCGCUGGAGCUGGCCUCCAGCCACUCCAGCGACGACGACGAGUCGCGUACGGCACGCUCCUCCGGCACGCACCGCAGCACGGCCGUCAGCUCCACUCCGGCCCACCUGCCCAACAUCACGGAGCACGUGCAGGCCACCACGCCCCCAGAGCUGAACGUGGUGCAGAGCCCGCAGCUCUUUCCGAGCGUCAACAAGCCCUUGUACGCCCCCCGGUGGUCCAGCCAGCUGCCGGACACGUACAUACAGUCACCGCCGAACAUCGGACGAUGGUCCCAAGACACGGGCUCCGACAACGAGCACGUGCACGGCCAGAAGAUGACCAUCUCGCCCAACCCCCUGCCCAACCCCGACCUCACGGACACCAGCUAUCUGCAGCAGCACCACAACAAGAUCAACAUGCCGCCCUCGAUCCUCGAAACCAUUCGGGACGCCCGCGACGGCUACGAGGACAGUCUGUACGGGCGGCGCGGCGAGUGCCCGGACAAGUACGACUCCUACAAGCCGCCCAGCCACUACGGCAGCGAGAAGGACUACCCGGGCGGCGGCAGCGGCUCCCAGACCAUCGGUCACAUGCGCAGCUUCCACCCGGAUGCGGUGUACCUCAGCGACAGCAUCUACGACAAGCAGCGGACCCUGGGCAGCGGCUACCUGGGCGCCAAAUCGGAGUCGCGCUACCUCUCCAAGGACCGCAUCACCCCGGACAUCUACGGCUCCCGCGACGGCCACUACAGCCUUAAGAGGCAGCCCGCCUACCCCACGGACUCGCUGCACUCGGUCCACUCACUGCUCAAGAACGACUACCACCACCAGCAGCAGCAGCAACAGCAGCAGCUGCAGGCGCAGGCGCAGGACAGGCUGUCGGAGGGAUCGGACAAGAACGGAUACCACUUUCCCUACACAGCAGAGGAGGACCAUCUGACCACGCGCAAGAUGAGCCACACGCAGCCCCCCUCACUGCACGGCUCCCAGCUGAUGCACCCCGGCCUGGGCAUGGGCCUGGGUAUAAGCAUGGGGAUGGGUCUUGUGAACGAUGUAAACAACCCGGGCCUGAUGGCCCGACACACGAUGAACGGCGGCUCGCGGGCCUCGUCGCCACCCUCCAGCAUGGUGGCGCCCAUGCAGCCGCUGGGCCCCCUGGCCAGCAUCACGGACACUGACUCAGAGUUCGACAUUAUUUGGCUGCAACGCAGGCAACAGAGGCAGCAGUAUCCUUGGUCGCUCACAAUAUGGCGGAAUAUUGAUGAUGACGAGACCACAGUGUGACGACUGUCCCAGCAACUCCAGUUGAAACAAAAGGAGAGGCAGAGGCAGGCGCAGAGGCAGCGACAGAGACAGAAGCAGCAGGUGCAGCAUCUGCAGCAGAAGAUCCAGGCGCAACACUUUGCUACAAUUCGACGCAAGCCGCACUACAGAAGCACCACAAAUGCCUGAGCAGCUUCCUGGACCAAGGCCACAGCAUACUUCCAGGGGCGACGCGACGGGGCGGCCCACCAAAUGCCAUAAGUCCAUCAUUAGAAUCCUGUACAUAAAAUACUCUCAUCCUUUCGAAACCACAUGCAUUUUACUCUUACGUAAAUACCGCUUACCGCUUAGCACUCCCCCGCAAACCCGCAAACCCAGUGUUAGGAACAUGUUUAUGCAUAGUUGUUAGCAUUUAAUUAAUUUAUACAACUCACCGGAGCAGAGCCCAAGUUGCAACUGUUCGAAAACCGUGCGAUUGGAUUCGCUCGAGUGCGAGUGAGGGCGUGUAUUAUACCAUAUGUAUUUAGUAUUUAUAAUUAACGUUUAAAAACAAGUCAGACUGA